AUAAAUGAUAACAACACAAGCAAUCAAACCACAAUCAGAACGUUUGGUGCUACUGGAAAAAUAAUGAAACUCUUCAUUUUACAAAUUUUGCUGCUCUUCCACCACACUUUGUGCAAAAACGAGGUCGUUGAUUACCGUGUCGGUCUCCUAAUCGACGGUUCGAAAUUAUGCAGCGGCUCUUUAAUCAACGAAAACUACAUUCUAACAGCAGGAAGAUGUGUCCACAGAGCGUUUGAGGUCAACGUUGUCAUAGGCACCAAAAAUUUACUAGUUCAAGCCAAAUCCUCAUACAUUUCUACGACUUUCAUCAUCCACGAAAACAACACAGAAAAUUUAGUACACAAGGACAUCGCUCUUAUAAAAAUCCCCACAUUGAACAACAACUACAGCAUUAAUUUUCCACAGUUACUUGAAGACGAAAUUGUAGAUGGCGUUACGUUGAAUUUGUCGGGCUAUAACUUGGAAAACUCCGACUGUCUUGCAACCUGGGGCGAACAACAAGUUAAAGUUAAAAUCAACAGUGGGAAAUGUCAAAACGUGGUACCUUGUGACACAGACAAAAAAUUUUUCUUCUGUGCCACACCCAAUGAAAACACUCUUUCAGGAUUUAGAAACGAUGGCAGCGCUUUAGUUGACGAGAACGAUAAUUUGGUGGGUGUUGCUUUGUAUAAUACAGAGGAAAACGCCACAUGUGCUGUAAAAGUGUCAUAUUUUCUUCCAUGGAUUCAGUCUAAGAUGUACAAUUAA